AUGAAUCUGUUCAUUUAUCAUUUGCUCGUCUUCGUUUUAACCUCAAUUAAACCUGGACAUAGUAAUCCAGGUGGUGCACCAGUGCGUGUAUGUGCAUCAAUGAUACCUAAUCAUGGCAAUACUGCUCCUCAACAAUGUUCAUCGAAAUAUACAGUAGAAUCCGACAAAUCAGAAUAUUAUGCAAGUGACACGGUUCAUAUUACUGUUCGUGGUUCAACAAAUAAUGAUCAAUUUAAAGGUAUUCUAUUAAUAGCAAAAACGAUAACCAGUGAACAAAUUAUUGGAACUUGGACAACAACAAAUGCAAAUAUUAAAACACUUUCCUGUAAUGACAUAGCAAAUACUGGUAUAACUCAUAACUCAGCCUCUGAUAAAUCAUCCAUAGACGCUGUUUGGUAUCCGCCAUCAACUGCAACCCAAGAAUCUACUGUUAUCAAAGCAACAAUCGUCCAAUCAUAUAGCGAAAUAUAUGUUGAUUGUUUUAGUAUUACAUUAACUGCUAAAACUGAUAAUCCAACUACUACUGGAGCAAAGACAACUUCGUCAACUGAUACUGUCGUUAGUAAUUAUACUGGUACUACUUCUAAUACUUCUCCUUCUGAUACUUCUCCUUCUGAUACUUCUCCUUCUAAUACUUCUCCUUCUAAUACUUCUCCUUCUAAUACUUCUCCUUCUAAUACUUCUCCUUCUAAUACUUCUCCUUCUAAUACUUCUCCUUCUAAUACUUCUCCUUCUAAUACUUCUCCUUCUGAUACUUCUCCUUCUAAUACUUCUCCUAUUACUUCACCAAGCGACGACGCUGGAGUUAUUAUUAGUUGGACAUAUGACAAUGGUGUCACAGUUGUUAAAAUGGAAAUUAAUAAUUUAAAAACGUCACAAUGGUUAGCUUUGGGUCUUUCACUUGAUGACAAAAUGGGUGAAGAUCAUGUUUUUGUUUGCAAACGUUUAUCUACCGAUAAAAUUUCAGUUGAUCGUCUUGCUAAUCCGCGUGGUACUUCACCACCAGUGUUAGCUAGUACAAUGUCAAAUUUGGGUGGUACAUUAACUUCUACUUCACUGAAAUUUGAUAGUGGUGUGGCUUAUUGUGAAUUUACUUUAUCAAAUUUUAGUGGUUCAAAACGACGACGACGACGUGAUAUUUCUCCGCUAUCUCAAUCGACGACUUAUAUUCCACUUAUAGCUAUAGGAGAUUUAGAUAGUUCAAAUAAUAUGAUUAUGCAUACAUCGCGUAUAGCGUUAUCAGAAAAAGUUCAACUGAAUAAACAAACAACAAUUUCUUAUAAAGCAGAUUCAAUCGAGUCGGCACGAACAAGUUUAAUGAAAGCGCAUGCUGUUAUUAUGAUAUUUACAUGGCUAUUUUAUGUUCCACUUGGUAUUCUUAUGGCGUUGUAUUUCAAAAAGACAUGGCCAGAUAGAAAAGUGUGCGGAAAACCAAUCUGGUUUGCUGUUCAUCGUGCAUUAAUGACAGUUUCUGCUGUAUUAACCAUAAUUGCUUUUAUGCUUGUUGUUGCUUAUAAAAAAGGUAAAUGGAUACCACAAGAAGAAAAGCUUGAAUUUAAUCACUCAGUCAUCGGCAUAAUUGUAGUAUGUUUUACUCUUAUUCAACUAAUAAUGGCACUAUAUCGUUGUGAACAUGAUGAAAAAUAUCGUUAUGUUUUUAAUUAUACACAUGGAUUUGUUGGUUUAAUGGCAUUGAUAUUCUCAGCUGUAGCAAUGUUUCUUGCAAUACGUUUUCCAGAUUUUAAUUUUACAACGAAUGCAGAAUGGGGAAUUUUAGCUGCAUGGGUAUGUUGGGUAUUUCUUAUGUUUGUGAUAUUUUGGUUUAUGGGAUUUUUUGUUAAAAAAAAUGUAUCAAAAAAAGCUACUAAUGCAAGUUCAUAUGAAUUGGGCAAUCAGUAUCAUAAUGGAUCAGUGCAAACUCCACCAACAGAAGGGAAAAAUAAUGGUACACCAGAUUGGAUUAAAGGAACUUUGAUUUCUGUUCAUACUUUAGUUACUUUUGCAUUAGCAUUAGCAUUGGCUAUUCUCGUUGGAAAAGCAUAA